UGUCCCACUGUUAUCACUUUUACUAUUGAAAGCUAUGUGUUUACUAGGUUGGCAUGGAACAUCAAGUAAGUGAAUCAACUUUGCUCACCUAUCUGACCACAGGAUGCCUUCUUGAAGCAUUAGUAGCCAAAAAAUCCCUUGAAGGCUAUACCCACAUCAUUAUUGACGAAGUGCACGAGAGGGAUGAAGAUACUGACUUCCUUCUCUUGGUCGUCCGCAAGUUCCUCCGUCAUACGAGGACGACAACUAAAGUCUUUCUGAUGUCAGUUACUUUUGAUGCCGACAAAUUUGGCCAAUAUUUCAAUAGCCCCGUCAUUGGAAACUUUCCGUUCACGUCCAAAAGACCAUUUCGCAACGCUCCCAUAAUUGAAGUGGAGCACGGUGAACCUCACGACAUACGCGUUUACUAUAGUGAACAUCUUCAAAAACUAGAGUUUCUAGGGGGGAGUAUGAACUACCUCUAUGAUAGCGUACCGGAAAUUGCCGAAAAUAUGCACAAAGCUUUGCUCGACUACGACAUCAAUUCUGAUUUCGAGAACUGUUGGUACAUCCUACCACUACAUUCACAAAUCACCAGUGAAGAGUAA